AUGCACUUUUUUCCUCCUGACAAAAAUCUUCAAGAUCGUUGGGCUCAGGAAUUAAAAAUUGGGAAAUCGGUAUCAAGUGCUGCAGCAGGGAAAAAGAAACUUUUAAAGAAAGGUGUUGUUCCCUCUCAAUGCCUUCCUACAGGAAAACAUGAAAGAAAAAUCAAUGAGGAACUGGCAAAUGCUAGACUAAUGCGUAAUAAAACACGGGAAUUAUUAAGGACACAACUUAAGAGAGAAGUUGUGCUUGAGGCCAAUCCAGAUGAUGUAAUUCAAAUUACUGAGUUAUCUGCUGCAGGUACAUCGAAUGCUGCAGGUAAAUCGAAGGAUGAAAGUAAUAUGGAAGAACUAGAUAUUAAUAUGGAAGUAGAGCUUAAAUGUGACAAAGAAACACAAGCUGAUAUCUUCCAGUUAUUUCCAAAGUUUACUAUUUUGGAUCAUUUGUUUACAAGUGAAAAAAAAAUUCUUACUUGCAUGGGCGUUACAGUAGAUAUAUUCGAAGCCAUAAUAAAGAGUAUAGAAAUAAUUUUACCACAUUUUCCUGGUAUAAAUAGUUCAAAAUUAAGAACAAAAGUUUCAUUAACUUUAACGAAAUUAAAAUUAAACAACACUUUUUUAAGUUUGGGCCUUUUUUUUGGGGUGUCACGUGUGACAGCCUCAAAUUAUUUUUAUGAAACGAUUCAAUUGAUGUCAUUUGCACUGAAACCUGCAAUUUAUUUUCCAACCAUUGAGAAAAAUAAAGAAAAUAUGCCAAAAUGCUUUAACUCUUACAAAUCCGUAAGAUUUGUUCUAGAUGCAACAGAGGUCGCAGUACAAAAAUUAAACUGUCUAAAAUGUAGGGUCAGAACAUAUUCACAUUAUAAAAAGACACAUACGGUAAAAUUCGUUGUUUGCACCUGCGGGUUUAAUUUGUUAUGUAAGUGCUGCAUAUGGGGGACGAGUUUCUGAAAAAGCCAUAUUUAAUAAUGAAAAUAUUAUAAAAUUAGCAGAACCAUUUAUAGAUUCUAUUAUGGUGGAUAAGGGUGUGUUAAUUGAAGAAGAAUGCCUUACAAACGCAAUUAAAUUAGUAAGACCUUCAUUUCUUCGGAAACAAAAACAGUUCUGCCAAAAAGAAGCCAUGGAAACAGCUUCAAUUGCCAGAGCAAGAGUGCAUGUUGAAAGGGCUAUUUAACGCAUAAAAUUAUUUAGAAUUCUACAAAAUAAAAUUGACUGGACAAAGAUUUCCUAUUUAGAUGAAUGUAUAGUAUGUAGUUAUCUGUGCAAUUGUAAAUAUGUCAAAACCAAUCUUAGAACAUCUAAAUUUUAAAUCCACAUUGCACUCUGUAAUCAUCAUUCUCUUUGUCUUAUCUCUAUGUAGGGUCGGCUUCCCUAAUUGCAUCUCUCCACACAAUUCUAUCUUGGGUCAUAUCAAUAUUAAUCCCCUUUAUCAACAUGUCCUGCCUAAUCGUCUGCCCCCAGGUCUUCUUUGGUCUUCCUCUCCCACUCCUUCCAGGAAUCUGCACUUCAACAAUUCUUGAGCGUAUUGGGUGAUUAACAUCUCGACGUUGAACAUGACCAAACCAUCUUAACCUAUGCUCUCUCAUUUUGGCAUUAGUUGGUGCCACACCUAGACUUGGUGUGGACAUUGGAAACUUUCGUUUAUGUCUGUUUUUAUAUUGGUAUAUAGUAAUCUGGAUUCUACUAAGGCAAAAUACAUAGUUUUUAAAAUGGCCUUGUAAAAUAUUAAGUAUUUGUAGAGUAAACUUCGAAGAUUUUUUGUCACAUUCACAAUAUGUAGGUUCCAUUGUAAAUGACUAUCAAUUGUAAUUCCCAAAUAGAGCUUUUCAUUUACAGUCAUUUGUUUCGAGCUUCUGUAAUGUGUCACAUAAUAUUAAUAUAUGUGUGUCAUAUGUUAUUGGUAUAUACCAAUGAUAGUAUGACAAGACAUAUGACGUACAUAUAUUAAUAUUAUGUGACACCUGAUAGAAGCUCUAAACAAGUGACAAUCGAUGAAAAGCCCUAUACUUUACAGAAUGACCAGACUGAAUAUAUUAAUCAAUACGAUAACCAAUAUCAUUGGAUAAUAGUAGUGCUUCUUAGUUAGGCAGACUUAUUUUAUAAGAUCCAAAAAGCAAAAAGAAUGUUUUUCUGAAGUUAACAGUUAAUUGUUUGUGUGCAAACCAAUCAAAGCAGUUUUUUAAAUCUUUUUCAGCCAAUAAUUUUACAGUACAGCUGUGUCAUCUGCAUAACUAAUAAUUUUACCUUUUAAUUUCAUAGACAGUAAAUUAUUAACAUAAAUUAUAAACAACAAUGGGCCAAGAAUUUUUCCUUACGGAACACCGUACUUAACCAAAUUUCCCUCACUAAUAUAGAAUCGUGCCUUGCGGAACACUUCACCACCU